AUGAGGAAGGGGCAUUGGCAGAUUUUUGAUCGAGAUUUGUAUGAUGCCGAUCAUGAUGAUGAUGAGGACGAAGAAGACGAUGUUUUGGAUUCAGAAUAUCACACAUUGAUCAAUCAAAGAGAGACUCAACAACUAAAAGAAAGAAAUACUGAUCGUGAUCAGUACUUAAACGGUUGUAAUGGGUUACUUCUAUUGUUGAAAUCAGCAACUCGUCAGUUUUAUGUUUGCAAUCCCAUCACACGACAACAAGUCGCAAUACCUAAAGCUUGUGUGCACAAAAACCAGGAUUGUCAGCAUUUUUGUGCUGCUUUGGCUUUUGACCCUUCUGAAUCUCCUCAUCACUACCGAGUUGUAAGAAUUGAUUAUUCUCAGGAAUUGGCUUCCACAGCCUUCCUCGACAUAUUUUCAUCCGAAUAUGGUCACUGGAUUCGACAUAGGUUGCAUUUUGAUGAUUCGAGUCUCACUAAGGGGUUCAAAGGCUGCAAGUUGUGCAGGCAACUGUUUUACUUGCAAGGAAAGUUAUAUAGCUUAACCAUGUCGUGGAAGCUCCUUUGCAUCGACCUCAAGACCAUUGAAGCUUGUACCCUUGAACUUCCUGUCCCGGAGACCGAUAGAAGCGGAGCCAUGGGAUGUCUUGGGGUGUCAAGAGACAUUCUUUGCUAUAUGAAGCUUAUGCAUGAUAAAUCAUCAAGUGCUCCGCUUCACAAUUUGGUAGUUUGGUCUUUUGAAAAUAAGGAGUGGAUUCCUAGAUAUAGUGUACGUUGUCAGUUGUUGAGAGCCGAAAUAAGGAAGGAUCUAGGCUAUGACUGCGAUGACACCAUGGAACCCUAUGCAAUAAGUCCAAGUUCGGAUCUCUUAUUCUUUGGCACUCCCACCUUGAUUUGUUGUAUCAACCUUAAAAGUUAA